CGGGAUCCGGGAUCCGGGGCAAUGGAAGCGGGCCCCGCCUUGUCCCCCGGGCCUUCCCGCUCCUUCAAGGAGGAGCUGCUCUGCGCCGUCUGCUACGACCCCUUCCGUGACGCUGUGACUCUGCGCUGCGGCCACAACUUCUGCCGCGGGUGCGUGACCCGCUGCUGGGAGGUGCAGGUGGCACCCACCUGCCCGGUGUGCAAGGACCGCGCGGCCCCCGCCGACCUGCGCACCAACCACACCCUCAAUAACCUCGUGGAGAAGCUGCUGCGUGAGGAGGCCGAGGGCGCGCGCUGGACCGGCCACCGCUCUCCGCGCCUCUGCCGCCUGCACCGCGGCCAGUUCAACCUCUUCUGUCUCGACGACAAGGAGCUGCUGUGCUGCUCGUGCCAGACCGACCCCCGGCACCAGGGGCACCGCGUGCAGCCGGUGAAGGACACUGCCCACGACUUUCGGGCCAAGUGCAGGAACAUGGAACACGCGCUGCGGGAGAAAGCCAAGGCCUUCUGGGCCAUGCGGCGCUCCUAUGAGGCCAUCGCCAAGCACAAUCAGGUGGAGGCUUCCUGGCUGGAAGGGCGAAUCCGGCAGGAGUUUGACAAGCUUCGAGAGUUCUUGAGAGUGGAGGAGCAGGCUCUCCUGGAUGCCAUGACCGAGGAGGCCAGGCAGAAGCAGCUUCUGGCCGAGGAGAAGAUGAAGCGACUGGCGGAAGACACGGAGGCCCUGGCCCGUGAGAUCGAGCGGCUGCAGAUGGAGAUGAAGGAGGAUGAUGUUUCCUUUCUCAUGAAACACAAGAGCCGAAAACGCCGCCUCUUCUGCACGAUGGAACCGGAGCCUGUCCAGCCUGGUAUGCUCAUCGACGUUUGCAAGUACCUGGACUCCCUGCAGUACCGAGUCUGGAGGAAGAUGCUCGUGUGUGUCGAAUCUGUGCCUUUCAGCUUUGAUCCCAACACUGCGGCUGGCUGGCUAUCCGUGUCAGACGACCUCACCAGUGUCACCAACCACGGCUACCGGGUCCAGGUAGAGAAUCCGGAGCGCUUCUCAUCGGCGCCCUGCCUGCUGGGCUCCUGCGUCUUGUCGCAGGGCUCGCAUGCCUGGGAGGUGGACCUGGGGGCACUGCCGAGCUGGCGCGUGGGCGUGGUGCGGAUGCGCCAGGAUGCGGGCGCCGAGGGCCACUCGCACAGCUGCUACCACGACACGCGCUCGGGCUUCUGGUACGUGUGCCGCACACAGGGUGUGGACGGCGACCACUGCGUGACCUCGGACCCUGCCACAUCGCCCCUGGUCCCCGCCAUCCCGCGCCGCCUGCGGGUGGAGUUGGAGUGCGAGGAGGGUGAGCUGUCCUUCUACGACGCGGAGCGCCACUGCCACCUGUACACCUUCCACGCCCGCUUUGGGGAGGUACGGCCCUACUUCUACCUGGGUGGCUCGCGGGGGGACGGGCCCCCCGAGCCGCUGCGCAUCUGCCCCCUGCGCAUCACCGUCAAGGAGGAGCUGGAUAGCUGA